AUGGCGCCAAAAACCAUCCUUAUCACCGCGGCUAGUGGAGCGAUAGGCAAGGCAACAAUCAAGGCGCUCGGCAAGACACCUGACAGCUUCAUCGUGAAAGCAGGCGUUCGCGACCCCACAAAAUCCGCCGACCUCGCCGCACUCGCGCCCAACGCUUCUCCGGUCGCCGCUGACCCGCUGAAAGCGGCGGAAAUCGCGGCAGCGCUUCAGGGAGUGGACUACGUGUUCGUGAUCGCUCCUGGUCACGCCGACCGUCAGAAGAUUUCUAUCGCCGCCAUUGACGCUGCCAAGGCUGCAGGCGCGAAGUUCAUCCUAGUCCUCUCAGUCUCCACUGCUGAACUCACCGACACGAUUUUCGGCGGGCAGUUUGCGCCUGUGGAGGCACACACCAAGGCAUCAGGCGUGCCGUUCACCGUCAUCCGCCUGCCGCUGUUCAUGGAGAAUAACUACGGGUUUGCUGAAAGCAUCAAGGAUGCGAGCGCCAUCUAUUCGUCGUACGAGCCCGACAAGCCGUUCACUGCGGUUUCUGUGGACGAUGUGGGGGAAGCUGCAGCAAAAAUCUUUGCUGAUCCAGAGGCUCAUAAGGGCAAGACUUACAACCUGACUGGGCCGUCCGCAACAGCCACUGAUAUUGCACAGGCCUUUUCCAAUGCCCUUGGGAAAACAGUCUCAUACAACUUCGUUCCUUACGAGGCGAGCAAGGAUUGGUUGACUCACAGUGGUUUUCCGGAGUGGCAAGCGGAUGGGGUGAUUGAGCUCUUUAAAUCCAUCAAUGCAGGGGCUGUACAAACUAAUGACCCUGCUAAUGGGAAGACUCUUGAGAAAAUUUUGGGACGUCCCCCAAGUUCAGUGAAGGCUUGGGUAGACGCACAUGCCGCAGCUUUCAAGUAG